UUUGGCGCGAGCGGCUCUCAGGCCGAGUCAUGUGAGGGCGCGCGGCCAACCGCGGUACCCGACGUGCCCGGAAGUGGCUCUUUUCCUUUUUUCCGUUUCUCGCAGGCAAGAUGGCGGCGUCCGGAGGGCUGCGGUUGCUGUGCAACGCUCGGCCCCGGCGGCGCCUGCUCCACACUGAGCCGUUAGCGGCGCCUGCCCUCAGUGCUGCCUCCCCUCCGUCUCUGUAUCCACCGGUAGUAGCCUCUCUCACGGCUAAGAGCGCUGCGGCCAAGCGCCGGCGCCUGGAGCGGUUCCACCAGGAGAUCCACGACGCGCCCUCGGUCGAGCAGAAACUUUGGAUCUACGGAAAGCGGCAGCGCCUCAAGUACGUGGUUUACCCACAAACGUGGGCGAUCAAUGCAGACCGCUGGUACCAGAACUUCACCAAGACCGUCUUCGUGCAGGGGCUACCCGCUGUGGAGGCGGCGAGAGAAGAAGCAGCAGGAGGGGAAGACCGCUGCGACCUGGCCGAGCUCCGAUCCGUGGUGUGUGACGUGCUACUCCAGGAGCAUUUCUACCAGCGCAAACGGGCCCCUUACCUGUUCCGUGCCAUUGACCAGGGACCUGCCCCCUUCCUCACUCACCUGGUGCCUAGCCUGACGGCUCGUCUGGCCAGCCUCAACCCGGUGCUUGGUUCUUCUGUCAUAGACUUCAAACCAGAAGUAAAUUUCUAUUGGAUGCGUGGUGAGACGGUGGUUCCUCGUGGACAUCGGAGGGGUAGAAUUGACCCACUGAGAUUUCAGAUUGAUGAUAAACCACACUGUCAGAUUCGUGUAACAAAACAGCUUUCAGAGUUUGUGCCCCUGGACUAUGUGGCCCCUGGAGAUAUUCCUGUUAUUAAUGUCUUACCUGACAAACUUCCAUUGUUCAAACGACAAUAUUACAACAAAAUAUUUAUAGGAUCAAAGGUAGCAGAUCGAUGCACCUAUGGGCAUACACAGUUUCAUUUAAUUCCCAAACGACUGAAAAGAGAGAGACUUAUAAAGUUGAAUCUCUUUGAUCAGAUUGAAGUUCCUUCCCGUACCAAUGCAAUUGCAAGUCUUUUUGCUUGGACUGGAGCACAAGCAAUGUACCAAGGAUUCUGGAGCGAGGCAGAUGUGACCCGGCCUUUUGUAUCGCAGGCUGUGAUUACUGACGGAAGAUACUUUGGCUUCUUUUGUUACCAGUUGAAUACCUUGGCUUUAACUGUGGAUGCUGAUAAAAAUAACCCAAGAAAGAAUAUUUGUUGGGGAACUGAAAGUAAGCCCCUAUAUGAAGCAAUUGAAAACAAUGAUGUGAAAGGUUUUGAUGAUGAAAUUCUGCUUCAACUGGUUAAAUUUCUCUUAAACAGACCAAAGGAAUUAUAAUUUAACAUUCAGAUAAAUCUGAAUCCUCUCAAGAUACUGAAGCAAGCACCAAUCCUUAAAGUGAAAUUCUGUGUGAACUAUUAAAAGUGCAAACAUUCUGAGCACGAUUCCUACAUUUGACUCUUUGGGAUGAAUGAAAUCUGUACAAGAGUACUUCUGGUGCUCUUAACAGCAUUGGCUCAUUUAUUUGUAUGUUGACAGACACAUUGACAUAGCUAUUUAAAUGAAAUACCAAGGCCAACA